UUUGACUGAAAAUACUGUAAAUAUUAUCGUAUAUUACGUGAGAAAUGGCCGACAAAUGCAUUCACGUCUACCUCGACAUCAAAGUCGCCGACGAGUCAGUCGGCCGAAUAGUUAUUCAACUCUUCAAUAAUGUGGUGCCGAAGACGUGCGAAAACUUCCGGGCCUUAUGUACGGGUGAAUUGGGUGUCGGCUCUCAGGGAAAGCCUCUUCACUACAAAGGAUCCAUUUUUCACAGAAUAAUCCGCGAUUUUAUGAUACAAUGCGGAGACUUCACUAAUUUUAACGGAACGGGAGGUCAGAGUAUUUAUGGCGAGAAGUUUGAUGACGAGAACUUUGACCUCAAGCACGACAAACCGGGUCUCUUAAGUAUGGCCAACGCGGGGCCCAAUACUAACGGCUCGCAGUUCUUCAUCACAACCGUAGCCACACCUCAUUUGGACGGAAAGCAUGUGGUGUUCGGACAAGUGGUCAGAGGCAUGGGUGUCAUCAAACACUUGGAGGGCUUACCCACCGGUGCUAACGACGAGCCCAUCGAAAAGUGUGUUGUCUAUGAUUGCGGACAAUUCAAAGACGGGGAGGAAUGGAAUCUCACUGAGAAUGACGGCUCCGAAGAUGUGUUCCCAUCGUUUCCAGAGGAUACCGAUCUCGAUUUCACUUCGAUCGACCACAUCUUGCAAAUCGGUGAACACAUCAAAGGCUCCGGCAAUUCAUACUUCAAGAACGAAGACUUCGUGAACGCGAACCGCAAAUACAAGAAAGCGUUGCGUUAUUUGAAUAAAUUACACGACAAUGACCUCAACGACGACGUCACCAAACGGGUCGUCUCUCAAGAACUUCCGUGUCUUCUCAACAGCGCCGCGUGUCUGCUGAGGCUGAAGAAGUAUGACUCGGCGUUGGAAGUGCUGAACGAAGCGCUGGACAUCGGACCCGAUAAUGCAAAAGCGUUGUACCGAAGAGGUCAGGCCUUUCACGGGCGACGCGAAUACGACAAAAGUCUGGCCGAUCUCCAGAGGGCGCAGUCGUUGGCGCCGAACGACAAGUCGAUUACAUCGGAGUUGGCGGCCGUGAAGGGCGAGAUCGAGGCCUACAAAGCGCGUGAGAGGAAGGCCUACGCGAAGAUGUUCUCAUAGAUACGUAGCAAUCCUUGUCUCAUAAGUACCGGUAAUUUGUAUUAUAGAUGAGAGCAACACAUUUGCAGCGAAUUUGUAAAUAACGGCAACAAAUCGUUUGAAUCCAAUACCGAAUGAAACGAGAAAAUUGUUUUUUAUAUGUAUUUCUGUUUAUUGUGUCAUAAGGUCUUGACAUUAGCUGUUUGUCUCGUUUUGACGUCCAUUUGGAUGGAAAAGCGAUUUGAUUCUGAUGUCAAACCCUAUGUUAUUUCACUUAAUUUCCGUGACUUAAAGGAAAUGCGAUUCCGUUUAAACGAAUAAAUUUUUGUUUUUAUAUUAUAUUUUAUUUGUUUAGUAUUUCUGUUGAAAACCACAGCUUUUCAUUGACUAUUGGGUUCUUGAAAACCAUUGAGA